AUGCAAGUCGAUUUUUCUCAAAUCUGAGCAGAUUGGAAUUUAAGGAUAGCUGGAUAAACUUCAAGGAUGUUCGAAAUUUACCCGCGUUUGUGAAAUUGAGAACAAAAAUAAGGGUUGGUUGGAAUGUUUUCAAACAUAUAUUGGUCAGAUUAUUCGGCUAGUACCAUUUUCGAAAGAACGAAAUGAAUAUAUUAUCUACAUUGAAAACGAAGAAAACUGUAUCGCGACUAAAAUAAACAAAAACCUGAAUAGACGGAAUAACUUUUGAUCACUAUUACCGAAUGUGCUUUUAAUUUAUGAAAAAAAUUCGGAGGUAUGAAAAAAAGCCAGCGAAUUUUUGGAACGGCGACUUUUACGAUUUUUUUCGUAUCGAUAGGGAGCUUUCCGACGGCAACCUUUCCGCCGAAUCUCUUUCCGACUUUUUUUCUCUAAUAUUUUUUUCGGUUUAUAAAACACCCUUUACAAUUCUUUUUUUCUUCUUUGUGUUUUUAAAACAUGAAUAACUUGCCUACUUUAUAUGAGAAGAUUUAAAACGAACAGUUUAUCGAGAAAAAAAUUUCUUCAGAAAGUUCCCUAGCGACAUGAAAAAAAUCGGAAAAAGUCGUCGUUCGAAUUUUUCGCUGGUCUUUUUUUCAUACCACUAAAAAAAUUCUAUCCAAACUCUUGGUUUUUUUAACUGAAAAUAAUUCUUGGCUAUUUCAAGUUACACUAAAAUUAAAGAAACAUCAAAAACUAAAUCGAAUCAAAAAAUUUCAACACUUCAACUAAACGUCUUUCAGUAAUCUUAUUUUCCAAAAGUUUCGGAAAGUUAGGAAAGAAAUUCUGCGGUUUAUGAAAAACUCAUUAGAAAAAUUACUAAUCGUGACUGAAUCAGGUUAAAAAAGAAAGGACAAAAAAUGAACAAAAUAAAAAAUAUAAAAAUUGAAAUUUUCAAAAAAAUCGUCGAGCGCGGGCUCGCGAGCUGUGCAUGCAGCCUCAAGCAAUACAGUAACUCAUUUAAGACAAAAAUUUGAAGCGAAGUAUUUUUCAGGCGAUCGAAGAGCACAAAAUAGCAGCAUGCGUUGUCCCCAAAACAAUGUCAACAGCCACAGGAGCAGCCUUGUGUCAUUUGAGAAAAAAAGAUAACAAUAAUUGGUUACAUUACCCGUGAGUUUAGGAAUCUCAUCAUCACUAAUCUAAGAUUUUUAAUUUCAAGGCACUGUGAUGAUCAAAUAGUACAUACUUCUCUGCAGUCUUUUCAAGAAAACUUCAAACUGAAUAAAAAUUAUUCCGAUUGGGACAUCUGGUUCGUUAAAAGACAUCCAAUCGACCGCUUCAUAUCAGGAUUUAUAGAUCGUUGCAUAAGGUAACAGAUCAAAAACUUGCAGUUCCAAAAGUUCAGAAAUAUGUAGGCUUGGUCACAAUUGUCAUGGUUGCGGCUUUGAUAUCGCAUGUUAUGUCAAAAAACUCUACGAGAAACUAGAAAUUGUGGUGAAUCAUCCACAAGACAUUCACAUCGACGAUUUCCAUGUCGCCCCGCAGAACUGGUCAGUCUGAUGUUGUCAAGUGCUGAGAAAAAAAAAAGUUUGAGGUUCUGCCAGAUGGAACAAAAUCUCAAUCGGUUGAAUUUUCUCCGAUAUUCAUCAGACUCGACCGAAACCUUUCUACUCGACUUGACAGCAGCGUUAAAGGAAGAAAAGGUUCGAAGAAAUUUUUUUUGCUCAAAAAAUUUCAAAUUAUGCAACAGACUAGUGAGACGAAAAUUUUCUCUGUUAAUUUGAUUCGAGGCUUUUGCGCCUUCCAAAACCCUGAAAGCGAUCUAACCAAUAUCUCAUCAUGUUUGUCUUACCAUGUUACCAUGGUUGGAAGAAAUUGAAUCAUAACUUCAAAAAAAGAUACGGCCAGGCAAUGAUCAAGAUGAAGUUGUUGAAGAGAUUAAAGUAUUUGAACAUCAUCAUAUCGUCAUCUUAACAUUUUUCAUCGAUUUUUUCGAAGUGGUUCGAUAUCAGGUAAACCCUUCGACAAUCCGUCACAUCGGAGCACAAAUCUCCUCGAGAAGUGCCUCACACGAAACAAAAUCCUCUAGAAUCCGGCCUUUUCUUGAAAACCUCAUCAACUCCCGCAAAGAUCUCCAACAGACUCUUCAGGCAAUUUACUACUGGGAUUUUGUGUUACUCGACUAUCCGCUCAUAUGA